AACAACAGGGAAGGGGCUGAAGUCAUGUGACAAAAUUGAGUGGACAGGGGAGGCAGAGGAGGCAUUUGUGAACAUGAAAGUUCAGCUGUCUCUGGCGCCGACUUUGGGCCUACCGGUACCAACCAAGCCUUUUGUUCAGAUGGUGGAUGAAAAAAAUGGGUUUAUGACUUCUGUGUUGUUGCAGCAUCAUUGAGAUAAAUUGCGACCUCUGGCUUAUUUUUCCAGCAAACUAGAUCCAGUUGCAGCAGGCCUGCCACACUGUCUGAGGGCGGUGGCUGCUGCAGAACAGGCCGUAAUGGCGUCUAGAGAAUUUGUAGGGUACUCUGACCUGAUAUUAAAGGUGCCACACGCUGUGUCCAUGAUCCUGCAAGAACAGAAAACAUCGCAUUUGUCGACAGCGCGGUGGUUACGAUACCACACUAUCUUGCAUGAUAUGCCAAAUAUCACUGUCAGACGAUGCACGACCUUGAAUGCUGCUACUCUCCUUCCGAUGGCGGAGGAUGGGGAGGAGCACCAUUGUUGUCUAACUGCGCUAGAACAUGUGUGUACACCGCGUCCAGAUCUUUCUGAUGUACCACUUGAAAAUUGCGAAAAUGUCCUCUUUGUGGAUGGCUCGGCCUACAAAGAUCCACAAACAGGGCAGAAUAAAGUUGGCUAUGCGGUAACAACCGAAUUCGAAGUCGUGGUUUUUGGCUCAUUGCCACCACACUUUUCAGCACAGACAGCGGAGCUUGUGGCGUUAACAGAAGCGUGCAAGUUGAUGGCAGGCAAAUGCGUCACAAUCUAUACCGGUUCGCGGUAUGCAUUUGGCGUCACGCAUGACUUUGGAGCGCUGUGGAAACACAGAAAAUUUUUCAAAAAGUCAGAUGGGCGCCCAAUAUUAAAUGCUCCUCUAGUGGCGGCCUUACUGGAGGCCAUUCCACUACCAGACAAAAUAGCCAUUUGCAAAUGUGCCGCACACACCAAUAACAAAGAUUUCAUAUCAACAGGAAACGCCAGAGCAGAUGCGGCAGCGAAGGCCGCGGCGGCGAAGCAGACAAAAGAAACAGAGUGUACUAUGUUAUCUGAAAGUAACCCAGACAUUUCUUCCUCUUUACAGAGCAUGCAGGCCUUUGCCUCAGGGGCAGAGAGGCACCAGUGGAAACAGUGUGGCUGUAAACUGAAUGAGGGUGUCUGGAUGAGCUGUGAUGGCAAGCCUUGUUUACCUAGACACUUCUUUCCACAUUAUGCUAAGUCGACACAUGGGAAAGACCAUGUAUCGAAAGGGGGAAUGGUGGCACAAAUGAAAGAACUGUGGUUUACAAAGGGGUUUACAACAUUUGCAGAAAAUUUUUGUAAAAGAUGUGUUAUUUGUAACACCCACAAUGUGGCGAAAGGGAUAAAAAUGUCUCAAGUGUCCCAACCGCCCGCGACAGGUCCUUUUGAAUAUCUACAAAUGGACUUCAUUGAACUGUCCCCAUGCCAAGGGAAAAAGUACUGUUUGGUGAUGGUGGAUAUGUGGUCCAAAUGGGUCGAGGCUUUCCCAACAUCAAAACAAGACGCAGCGGCGGUGGCAAAGGCCCUGCUGACUGAGAUAGUCCCGAGAUGGGGAGUUCCACAAAAAAUCAGUUCUGACAAUGGAACACAUUUUGUCAAUGAGGCAAUAAUACAAGUGGGUGAAUUUUUAGGAAUUAAUUUGAGAACACACUGCAGUUAUCACGCAGCCUCAGGGGGCGCUGUAGAACGGCAGAACGGGAUAAUUAAAAACAAAUUGGCUAAGUGUUGUGAGGAAACUGGACUCACAUGGGUUAAAGUGCUCCCGAUCGUCCUCAUGUACAUGAGAAUGAGAAAACGAUCUAGGGUAAAUCUGAGCCCAUUCGAAAUUCUCUUUGGUAGACCACCAUUUAUGGGAAUAGAAGGGGGAAAACAACAGCUGCCAUCAACAGAAUUGUGUGAGCAUGACAUGUUGAGUUACUGCAAAGAAAUGUCUUCUCUGUUGUCUAAUGUCUGUGCGCAGGUAAAAGCCGCCCAGGGGAAAGUUGCAGAAACUCCCUUGCACGACAUCAAACCAGGAGAUUUCGUGGUGGUACGAGAUCUGAGGAGGAAAAGUUGGAAGGUGAAAAGGUGGCUGGGACCGUUCCAAGUACUUCUGACUACCCACAUGGCCGUGAGGGUAGCUGAGAGGGCAACGUAGAUUCACGCCAGCCACUGCAGAAAAGUUCCACCUGCAUCUGAGGAGGAGGAACGGAGGGAGUAGGAGAUCCAAGGGGUGUGUUGACAGGUGCCAAAACCCUGUACAAACAUCAAGCGCCUUAUCAGCGUGUGAGCAAGGCCAAGAUUGAAAAGUUGUGGAGAGACAGCCCGCGCACAAACUGCGGCCUCUCACCCAUUACAAACAGACAGGAGGACAGAAAGAAACUCUACAUAACAGAAGGGAAGCUCCAAGAUUUCAACAUUUCUGAAGGGAGCUACUGACUUAGAAAAAUACAGAUUGCUUGUUUCUUUCCUAGAUUCUUCAGUGGUGAUGGCCUGCUGCACCCAGCAGAGUUGGAGUGAACCUACUGUCAGACAGUGGUGUACCGUGGGGUUUCAGUCAGGGCCUUCAAUUCUUCAGUGCUGAUGGCCUGCUGCAUCCAGCAGAGUCAGUGUGAACUCCUGUAAGACAACAUCACCAAGAUGCUAUAAACCGCAGGAUUAGAUGCCCAUCCCGAGGUUACUAGAGAUGAAGCCAGCUCCAGUUUGGAUCCAAACUCACUUGUGAAGAUGCCAACGCUCACAAAGACUACAGAUGACGGCAACUGUACAUGGACACACAAAACACUGGACACACAAAACAAAUAUUAUCCUUAUAUUACCUAUAAGGGUAAGUUUGACAAUUUUCAACCCGCUAUUGUAUUAUUGCAACGUCUGUAAUAUCUGUAAAUGAACAAUAUUUACUCUUUCUCUGAGUUAUAUGGACCCUAUUUGUCCCCUUUUAUUUGUAAGCAGCACUUCGCAAGAUGACACGAAAUGAAAUUAAUUUUGACAAAAUGACACAAACACUUUUGCAGCAUCUAAAUGAAAAAAUGCUGUUUUGCAUCAGUUUUGCUGACAAAUACACUGGGUAUCUUGGAGAAAGAAUAAACAUUGUUCUUUUACAUAUGUUACCAACAUUGUAACAAUACAAAAUGGACUGAAAAUUGUUGAACUUACCCUUUAAUAAUGUUGAAGGAUAAUGUUUAACUGAGCACAAAAAUAGAGACUUUAAAUAAAAAUAUUUUAGAAUUUUUAUCAUGCUAUUUAAAAUUUUUAACUGCGUAUUUAUUGUUUGCCUGGUUUUUAAUUUGUGUUUAUGCAACUGUUGUAUUAUUGUAACUCAGUUUUUGUCAUGAAGACAGCCUUCGAUGCUGACAGCACAGAACACAUGACUUGUUUUAUGAACUACUGUCAUAUAGACAUUAUUUUGUUGCCAGAAGAUGGUCUUCCCCAGUGAGUCUCAGUCACCUCUGGCUGAUUAAAGGAUGUUUUUAAAUUGUAACCUUGAAAUAUGCAUAUUCUGUAAACCUACUUUGAAAUGAUAAGUAUUGUGAAAAGUGCUAUACUUAUACAAUAUUUAACCAUGGUUUUACUAUAGUAAAACUAGC